CAGAGAGGCGGGACUUAAGUGAAACAUGCAACUGUGUGAUUGGCUAGGUGGCGCAUGACGACAAACGGAAGUUAUUGAGCCCUGUGUGCUGUGUGCUGUGUACAUGCGUCAAAUACAAACAUGGAACAAACUAAAGACUCUAGCAGCAUGUCCCAGGUCCGGCGUGUUGUGCUGGUCCUGUCUGGGAAGGGAGGUGUGGGUAAGAGCACCAUCACCACAGAGCUAGCUCUGGCUUUCAGGCAUGCUGGGAUGAAGGUUGGCAUCCUGGACGUUGACCUGUGUGGGCCCAGUAUCCCCCGCAUGCUGAGUGUGGGCCGGCCUGAUGUGCACCAGUGUGACGCAGGAUGGGUGCCGGUCUACACUGAUGCCGAGAAGAGCCUCGCCCUGAUGUCCAUCGGUUUCCUGCUGGAGGACCCGGAUGAAGCAGUGGUGUGGAGGGGGCCCAAGAAAACAGCAAUGAUUGCCCAGUUUGUGUCAGACGUAGCAUGGGGAGAGCUGGAUGUGCUGCUGGUGGACACACCGCCAGGGACGUCCGAUGAGCAUAUUUCCAUAGUGGAGAACCUUAAAAAACACAGAGUGGAUGGAGCCGUUUUGGUCACGACACCACAGGCGGUAUCCACGGGGGAUGUGAGGAGAGAGAUCACCUUCUGCAAGAAGACAGGUGUCCGGAUCCUGGGCAUCGUCGAGAACAUGAGUGGAUUUGUUUGUCCGCACUGCUCAGAGUGCAGCAAUAUAUUCUCAAAGGGUGGCGGUGAAGACUUAGCCAAGCUGACUGGAUGCCCAUUCCUAGGUUCUGUGCCCUUGGAUCCUCUGCUCAGCAGCUGUAUAGAGGAGGGCAAAGACUUCAUAAAGUCGUUUCCCGACAGCGCCACCUUCAGUGCCAUCAGCAGCAUUUCUCAGACUCUGCUCAGCAGCCUCCAAACAGCUUGAGUCACAAGUCUGUAUUGUGUUUACAUGUUAGCACAUAGGCUCAGAAAUGUAAGUCAUUGUGCAGAUUGUAAUGAUUUCUAUGUUGCAUUUUUGUCCUGUACAGUUAAACACUAUGGAAAAUAAAAUUAUUUACUGAUUA